UCAGGAACUUACACACCAAACCAACAAUGGCAGAGAGCAAGCGUAGCCGUGUCUUCUUCGACAUCAACAUCGGCAAGGCCAGUGCUGGCCGAGUCACCUUUGAGCUGUACAACGAUGUCGUUCCCAAGACUGCUGAGAACUUCCGCGCAUUGUGUACUGGCGAGAAGGGCGAGGGCAAGGCUGGCAAGCCUCUUCACUACAAGGGCUCUUCUUUCCACCGUGUGAUCAAGUCUUUCAUGAUCCAGGGUGGUGACUUCACUGCUGGCAAUGGAACUGGCGGCGAGAGCAUCUACGGAGAGAAGUUCGAGGAUGAGAACUUUGAGCUCAAGCACGAGAAGCCCUUCUUGCUGAGCAUGGCCAACGCUGGUCCUGGCACCAACGGCUCCCAAUUCUUCGUUACCACCGUUCCUACUCCCCACCUCGACGGAAAGCACGUCGUCUUCGGUGAGGUCCUCGGCGGCAAGAGCAUUAUCCGCACCAUCGAGAACACUGCCACUGGUCCCAACGACAAGCCCAACAAGGAAUGCACCAUCGUCGACUGCGGUGAACUUAGCGGCGAGGACUACGACAAGGCCAACCAAAAGAUUCCCGACAGCACUGGAGACCCAUACGAAGACUUCCCUGAGGACCAGGGCGAGGACAUUCCUGGACUCGAGAUUGUCAAGAUCGUCAACGACCUCAAGACCAGAGGAACCGACGCAUUCAAGAAGGGAGAUAUCGCACUCGGUCUGGCUAAGUACCAGAAGGGUCUGAGAUAUCUUCACGAAUACCCUGAGGCACUUGAGAACGACCCACCGGAGCUUGGCCCUGCACUUGCUUCUCUCAGAAUCGCUCUCCACACCAACAGCGCUCUUCUGCAACUCAAGCUGAACGACUUUGCCGAUGCCGAGAAGUCUGCCACAAAUGCCAUUGCUGUUCCUCAGAUCAAGGCACCAGAGAAGGGCAAGGCCCUGUACCGCCGCGCUCUGGCAAAGAAGGGCCUGAAGAGCGAGGACGAGGCAGUCAAGGACCUGGAGGAGGCUCUCAAGUUCGUGCCCGAGGACGCAGCCGUCAAGAACGAGCUCGCUGCCGUCAAGAAGGCCAAGAUCGACAGAGAGAAGAAGGAGAAGGCUGCCUACAGCAAGUUCUUCGCAUAGACAUUACACGACAUCACGACCAUAAACGGAUAAAAAGCGGGAGGGGGAAAAGCAUCUUGUGUAUCGUAUCUGAUAUCAUAAAGGAGCGGGCAAG